AAGCGCAAAGCAGUCACGUCGGAACAGGACCGGAAUACCGGUGUCUACUGCUACUUCUUUAAAAGGACUAUAACGGCUCCUAAACAGCUCAUAGGUGUCGGAAGCUGAAUUAUAAAAUCCCGCACAUAUUUUUGGAUAUAUAACUAUAGAACUAUAUAGGCUAUAAGAUUGUGGAUUAGUGCAUACUACAACACAGAUCCCACUCAAUACAUGCCGAAACCGGGGGACCUUCAGGAAUCGCGGAGCUUUGAGGUUUUCGCCACUAUAAUCGGCUCUCGAAUGGACCCGCAGCCGAGCGCGCCCCCGAUGAACCUGCACAUCCACUCCACCACGGGCACGCGCUUCGAGCUCUGCCUCCCCGCCGAGGAGACUGUGGAGGGGCUCAAGAGGAGGCUCUCUCAGAGGCUCAAGGUGCCCAAAGAGAGACUUGCGCUUCUUCACAAGGAGACGCGCCUGAGUUCAGGGAAGCUUCAGGACUUGGGCAUUACGGAUGGGAGCAAGUUAACUCUUGUACCAACAGUUGAAGCAGGUCUAAUGUCUCAAGCAUCAAGACCUGAGCAGUCAGUAAUGCAGGCUUUGGAGAGUCUGACUGAAACACAGGUCAGCGACUUCCUGUCUGGCCGCUCUCCUCUGACUCUGGCCCUGCGCGUGGGUGAUCACAUGAUGUUUGUCCAGCUGCAGUUGGCAGCACAGCACUCGGGCAACCAGCAGUCGCAACACCGGCAUCUCGUCACACGUAGUAGUUCUGAUGGCACAACUGGACAUUCAGCAGGCGCUGCAGCCAUCACUGGCACCCAGAACCGACUAUCUCACAACCCCCACCAACACCAACACACUCACCCACACCAUUCGCAAACACUUCCACCUAGCCCUGUGAGCCCUACACCAUUUCCUUCUUCCCCAUCUGGCCACUCUAUGCCCCCUAUGUAUCCCACCUCAACAUCCAGGCACUGCAGUACUGCACCUCGCUCCUCGCAUCUCCCAGAAGGCAUCUUCCGUUCACAGCAACCCUUGUUGGCUUGUCAAAGUGCCGCUAGCAGCUCUAGCUCUACUGGACCUUGUCCAGAGGGAAACUGCACCACAAAGGCUACAGGCAACUGCACCGCACCGUCACGUUCCCGUAAACCAGGUGCUAUUAUCGAAAGCUUCGUCAACCAUGCUCCUGGAGUCUUCUCUGGGACGUUUUCAGGCACUUUGCACCCAAACUGUCAGGACAGCAGUGGGCGGCCGCGGCGUGACAUCAGCACCAUUUUGCAGAUCUUGAAUGACCUCCUGAGCGCCACACGCCACUACCAGGGCAUGCCUGCCUCUCUCACGCAGCUCCGCUACCAGACACAGUGCGGUGGUGUGGCAUCUCCGGCGCCCUCACCACCACCUUCACCUCCAACCACAACCGAGAUCGCCAGCAUAUCCUCUAAAGCUACCUCUGUGCCAUCUGUGAGCCAGGCACCUCUCCACCCACUGGUGCAGUGCCAGAGCCAGGUUCGAAUGUGCAAACCCCCUGGUGACCGACUGAGGCAGACGGAGAACCGAGCAACACGCUGUAAGGUGGAGCGGCUGCAGCUGCUUAUGCAGCAGAAGCGGCUAAGGCGGAAGGCGCGGAGGGACUCUCGCGCUCCCUACCAGUGGCUCCCCAACCGCAAGGCCGGACGCAGCAACAGCAACAGCAGCAUGUCCAGCGAAGGCUCGAUUGACCUGGACUUUGACGACUCGGUAUGGAAACCUGACGUCAAGGCCGACAUGAAGUCCGAGUUCAUCAUGGCCUGAAACAACUAUGUCUUAACUGAGAAGCUGCGAUGGAGUUAGCUUUUAUGUACAGGAACAGGAAUUAUGUGAGACUGUAAGGCUGGUGUUGACUGAGAAAAACCCAAAAGCAUCGUAUGCUUCCCUUUAAACAGACUUGUUUCACAAAGGAAGUUAAACUGACCUUUACCAUAUAUCCCUGUCAGCCUAUGAUUACAAAAAUGGACUGAAAAACCUGUCACAAGAAGUAAAAGCAAGAAAGGAGCAUAGCAGACUUCAAUGGUGUAGGGUAUUUUCGUUUUCUGUCUCCUUUCCCCAGGAGAACACAGGGAUGGAAAUCCAUCCAGGGCAAAUGCAGCUAUCACGAAUCCAGAAAACCCAUGUUUUUUUUUGUUGUUGUUUUUUUCCUUUUUGUUUUCUCUUCCCACAGGGGCAUUUAUAAUUUACGAGCCAUGAAGCAGAUCUUGAAUGGGGAUGAUUUGUUUUUUGUUUAUGCUUUUAUUAUUAUUAAUUAAUCAAUUUACUAUUUUGAAACAAAUAUGUAGCAUUACCCACAUAGCAUUCAGGUUUCUAAUCUUACGGAUGAGGAGGUUUUAUUUCAGAUAUCUUUUGAUUUUCAAAACAUGGUCAAUACAAGAAAUGGUACAGUGCAUGUUGAGCCUCACAAAGCUUUUUAAAUGCAGCUUGGUGUAAUGACUGGUUUAAAGAGCAAAACAUCAAUUGUAAAGACAGUCAGAUUUCAUCUUUAACUGAGUUCCGUUCAAAUUCAUGGCUAUUUACCUAAGCAUCCAGAGUUUCUUUUCCAUUGCUUAGCGCAUUUACCAUAGAAGUGUCCAGAAAAAUCUCUUUAUGUCUCUCUAAACUCGUGAGAAAAUUACUGAUUAACAUAUCCUCAAAGCAUUUGAGCCCAUCCUUCCACAUGAGAAGUCUCCUGUCUUGUCUAUGUGAUGGUAGUCUCUUGAGAAAACCUUUUGCAAAUUGCUCUUAAGUGAUGGCCUACUUAAAUUACCCUUGUUUAAGCCCCUCAUUCUGUCUUGUUAGAUGGAGAAAGAGGAGAACAAUAGGCCUACAGCCGCCAUCUUCCCCUGCUCAAUAGUGCCUCACGGGUAGAUGCACUAACAUUCAAUUAGGCCUUCCACAGACCCAUAGGUCUGCUGCUACACGGGACUUUACUUUGCAUGCAAUUGUGUGAAUUAGGCAAUUUUUUUUUUUGUAAAAAAAAAUUAUAUAUAACGCAGGAACACCGGUGCUUAAAAGAAAAAAAAUGCAUGAAUGAAUUUGUAUUUAAAAAAGGAAGUUGCUUGGGAUUUGCUAAUUAGAAAUGACGUUACAUAUCAGUGGCGAACCAAACCCCAGGGCAGGACUCUUUUGGUUGUUUCACAUUGUUCAUGGAUCAUUCCCGGACUGUGAUGAGCUUGGAGCAAAUGAACAUUUUUAGCAACCCAGCAAAAACGAGCCCCUAAAAAGGAGCCACAAUGAUGUUGGACCAGCGUCUACCCCUACUGACUCGAGACUAUAGUCAAAAAUGAAAAGAAAAAAAAACAGUGAAAAGAAGACCACGAUUGCACUCACUGAGUUUGCAAUGAGAUUACCUGCCUGAAUUGAACCUAGUCUUUUUUUUUUUUCUUCCUUUUUUUUUUUUUUCAAGUGGCCUUAACUUUCACAGACAUACACUUAGGGACUGGGGGACUAGAUGGGGAUGUUUUUUUUUGCUGUUGUUGCUGUCUUUUUUUUUUGUGUGUGUGUGUAUGUGCAUUUUUGUCAAAACAUGAUUUCCUCCAGUUAUUUGGGCAACUCUCAUUUCUUGAAGGUGGAGGCUCUAAUAUGUCAAGGCUUCUGUGCCUUAAAAAUUGCCCUUUGGUAAAGGAGGGGGGGGGAGCAGGUCCAUCAGCAAUGGUAUCAUGAGCUCUGGUAGAAUUAUUGGUAUUAUUAUUAUUAUUUUUUUAUUAUUCGUUCAGCACUACCUGGAAGUAAUGGCAAUGGCUUCACAUUUCACUAGUGUGCUCCAUACUUUGUUGUAAAAAUCAAGUCCUUUAAGCCCUAAUCUGUCCUACCACCAAGAAGCUAAAAAGCAACAAAUUUACAAAUUAAAUGUAAAGAAAAUUUUGUAAAAGAAAGAAAGAGAAAAAAAAAACCCUCUCAAAAAUAAUAUUAAUAAUAAGGAAGGUUCAGCUGUAGUGCUGCAGCAACAAAGUGCCCUGUCUCCUAAUGGAUGUGUCCUUUAAGGACAAGUUACUACAUGCACUUCCUUCCUCCUCACACGUCGAAGGACGAACGUCCCAUCCAAAAGCAUUUUAAUUUCCAUAUCUUUAUGAAAUAUACUCUGUGUGUGCCUCACUUAUAUGUGAAAUGACAAAAAAAAGAAAAAAGAAAAAAAAUUGAGAUGAGCUUGAGAGUGGGCUGUUGAAGGGGACAGGACUGGGGAGGGGGGCAUUUCUAAACCAGUUUGUUGAAGUUCACAUCAUUUGAGUUGCCUGUUCUUUCUUGUAGCCAACAAUUAAAGAUAAUAACAAGAGUCAAAAAUACAAUGUUCUAGCUAUAGACCGGUGUAGCACAUGUGUGACUGUAUUAAUUUAUAAAAACCAAAAUGGUAACUGUGAAUUAUGUAUUUCUUUGUGCAUUUUUUUUUUAAAGUGGGAGAAGGCGAAACAGGGCACGUGCCCUGAUUUUGUUUUUGUGGAAUAUAAUGGAAAUAAUCAAGUUUAAAAAAAAAAAACAACAACAACAAAAGAAAGUAUCUAAAUAUAUUUUUUUCUUAAGCAAUACAUUUCAGUGUGACUUGUGAUAGGACAUUUUCUUUUUUAGGUAAUAAAUUUAAAGAAAGCACCUUUA